AUGGAAUUCAACAAUGUAAUAUUUCCCUGCCAGAGCUCAGCUGAGGCUGAAAGUCGAUGGGACAUCCAUGUCAAGGAUGGCAAAGCUUGUCGAAUUCUCCCUUCGCAGCAUAUGCCCGGCGAGCCUCCAAAGCUAUUACUGCCUGCCCUCUGCCACCCACACAUACAUCUUGACAAGGCCUACAUCUUAACCUGUAACAAUUCCUUUUCAAAUAGGCAUCCCGACUAUUCCGAUCUUGUGCCCAACACUGGUUCUUUUGAUGAGGCCCUGGGAAAUACAUCCAAGGCGAAGCAGCGUUAUACCGACGAGGAUCUCUACCUUCGAGGCCGUCAGCUUCUAGCGACGAGCUACCAACAGGGUGUGACUUGCCUCCGUGCCUUUGUAGAGCUAGACCAUGUUACUGGCUCACUGCCCCUAACCACCGCCAUUCGUCUCAAGUCGGAAUUCGCCCAUCUACUAGAGAUGCAGAUCUGCGCCUUUGCCCAGGAUCCCCUCUUCUCAACCGCUCACGGCGACGAGAAUCGAUUAACAAUCACCGCUCUCUUGACGGAAUAUGCCUCGUGUAUCCAGGCUCUAGGGACAACCCCAUACGUCGAGGAAUCCCGAGAAGCAUCACUCCGGAACAUCAAAUGGGCUAUCACCACCGCCAUUCACCAUCGUCUGCAUCUUGAUUUCCAUUUGGAUUACAACCUAGCCACGCCUUUGCCUCCUAAUCAACCCAUGGUAUUCUCCGUUGUCCAACAGCUUCAGGCACAUGACUGGCUUGCUCUUGCCGACGAGUCCAAGACCAUAGUUCUCGGGCAUUGCACACAGCUUACUGUACUAUGCGACUCGGAACUUGAGCAAUUAGCUACAAUUAUCAUCCAAAGUAAGCUUCCCAUCCACUUCGUCGGUUUGCCCAGCAGUGACUUGUUUAUGAUGGGUCGUCCGGGUUUGGAAACAAAUGCGUCUCAAGCUCGACCACGCGGUACUUUGCACGUAAUUUCCAUGAUUAGGGAUCUCGGCCUAUCCGCUUGUAUCGGCAUAAACAAUGUCGGAAACGCCUUUACACCACUAGGCUCAGGUGACCCAUUGGAGAUGGCAGCCUGGUGUGUAGCCAUCUACCAGGCUGGAACUAUAAGCGAAGCGAUGAUUCUGUAUGGCUGUAUAAGUUGGUUGGCUAGAAGAGCUAUCGGUUUCGGGGAGAACCCGGGAUGCGGCAACAUAGUUGAAGGUACAUCUCUGCAGGGCAUGCUCAUGGUUCAGAACAAGAGACAUAUUAAACUGCCGGGUACUGCCGAUGGUUCUGAGUUGACGAUACCUGCACGACAACGGACGAAUUUAAAGGAUAUCGUUUGGGAUCCACCCCCGAUUGAGACGAGAUCAAUUGUAAAAUGA